CGAGACAGACGACUGCAUAAGUUGGCAUCUGACUCAGCCAGUCAUAAUUGCCAUCUCAUAACGGUCUAUCCACUCCCGAUCGAGUAAUGGACGCUGAGAUCUAACCACCAACUACGAUCACAGACAGUCACACAAAUACUGGAGUAGACAGACUGAAAGACAGAUCCAAUUCCAUCCCUCCACGUCCGCCACCGACAUCCAAAGUCGCCGACGCCACGAGGCCACGGAGCCUUGCCAAGAAAGUCUCCGUCGAGUCGCGGAGACUUCACCCUUCGACUCAGUAUAAGAGCUGAGAGCUGAUCAUUCCAGAUCGACUCUAUCCAUCAAUACCAUUUACAGUCAGUACUUCAUAUACCAUCAACAUUUCCUCCCUCCUCCGUGAUCAAAAUGCCCCGCCCCAAAACCAUCGCCUUCUUCGGAGCCACCGGCGGCUGCACCCUGAACUGUCUCAUUCCCGCCCUGCAGGCCGGCUACCGCUGCAACGCCCUGGUACGAUCCCCCCCGAAACUCCACGCCCUCCUCCACCAACACGACGUCACCGUCCCCACCGCCAAUCUCGCCGUCAUCCAGGGUUCGAUCGACGACGCCGACGCCGUGCGCAGGACGCUGAUCGUCGCGUCUGCGUCAGCCCCCGACACUCCCAAUUCCAGCCCAGACGGUGACGGUGAGCUGGUCGACUUCAUCGUCUCCGGCGUCGGCGGCACCCCGCGCUUCGAUAACCCGCUGCGUCCCACCCUCGACAACCCGACUAUCUGUCAGGAUGCGGUGCGCGCGGUGCUGGACGCGUGUCGCGGACUGCAGAGCCAGGGUCUCGCGGGGGCUGGGUCCGGGACCGGGUCAGGGUCUGGCUCCACCGGGGGCAAUCACACCGCUGCACCCAGCCAGAGGAAGAAGCCGUUCCUCAUCGUCGUCAGCACCACCGGCAUCGCGUCGAAACGCGACAUCCCCAUCGCCAUGAUCCCGCUGUACCAUUGGAUGCUGAAGGUGCCGCACGACGACAAGCGCGUGAUGGAGGAGGUCAUCCGGGGGGAGAUGCGGAGGGAGCCAGAGGGCGAGCGCGCGCUGAGCGGGUAUACGAUUCUCAGGCCGAGUUUGUUGACGUCGGGCGAGGGGGUUGGGGCUGGGAAGAUUCGCUUCGGGGUCGAUGACGAUGCUGCGGUUGGGUAUACGAUUUCGAGAAAGGAUGUUGGCGCGUGGAUGUUUGAGAGGUUGGUCGAGGGGAAGGGCGAGUUUGAGGGGAGGGUGGUUAGUUUGACGGCUUGAUUGGUUUUGUCUUUCUUUUCUUUUAUGUUGUGGGAUGGGAUUUGAAUGGUUUUGGUUGCGAUGUUCGGUUAGCCUUUUCCUUUUCUUUUACUCGUUUAUUUAGGUCCUUGGUCGAUGGGAUAGAUGGAUAUAAUACAAAUUGGAAAUAUGAGACUACACAAAAUCAAAAUCCA